ACUUCCUCAUUCCAAGCAUUUAAAAAAAUGCAGUGCUUGUCGACGAGAUUUUAAUGAUCAUAAAUACGUGGACGGACAUACUGGACCUGUCAUUAGAGCCGCGGAAAGUCAGCGCGAACACAAGGUCGCCGCGUGAUCUCAUUGCUGGCACAGUGACGGAAUGUGCUGAGCAGCAGAUGCAGUUGAAUGCAAAUGAUAGGAUUGUGGUCAAGCUGGAUCCCGAGCAAGUGGUGGCGGCAUUUAGAUCUGUUGUAUCAUCAGAUUAUAUGAGGAAUUUAGCGCGUGAUUUGGCAGCCAAAGUCGCGGAGCAUUAUCUUGUGCAGAUGAAGGAACAAACUACGGCUGCUCCUGUUAGAUACAGAGAACCACCACUCGAGCCGGCUAGACAGCUGGCGGAAGCGCCAACUUCGGCCAAUGCUGAGAAAACUAUAAAGGAUGAAGUAAUGCUGGCUAUAGAGGGCGCACCACCAAAAGAGCGUGUACCAGCUGAUUUGAACACAAGCAUUAUAGACGUCAAGCAAGCCAUGACACUGCUGAAAGCACCGUCGCCAGACGGAGAUAAUUUGGACAUGGUCUCACCAAAUCUCAGUGAUGAUGAAGAAACCAAGGCGAAGAAGAAGGGCACACAGGUUAUACAGUUGAUGAAAGUCAAUGGGAAGUAUUAUAGAAGGUUGCUUGGUGUUGUGUAAGAAUAUUAUUUGAUAAAUAUAAAUAACUAGAUGUUGCCCGGAGCUUCACUUCUGUGGGAAAAUGUAGCUUAUAGCAAUCUUGGAUAAUGUACCUUUCUAAUGGUGAAAGAAUUUUUGAAAUCGGUACGAUAGUUUCGGAGAUUACCCGACUCAAACAUACAAACUCACAAACGCUUACCACUUUAUAAAAUAGUAUAGAUAUUUCGUCCGAACGUCCCGCACCUUUCAGACUGUCUAGGUUUGCCAGAGGUGUUGAUAAUCGAAUAAAUAUGAAAACCAAUAGAAUGAUCGGUUGUGUUGCUAUGCUUUUAAACAUAUUUUGAAUAUGAUUGGACAGUUGUGUUGAAUUGUGUGAAGAUUUCCCUCAAAUCUGAAUCACUUUUGUAUAAAAUACAAUUGUUAAGAGUUUUAUUUAUAAUUAGUGUUCUGUAGAUAUUACUGUAGAUAAAUAAACAUCGUGUUUUAGAAGUAAA